AUGAGCCACGAAGCGGCGAUUUGGCUAGAGUGCCUUUGGUGGAAGGAACUUACACACAUUCUUCCUAGACAAGGAGCCGCGAACGGCGACUUGGCUAGGGUGCCUUUCGUGGAGGAAGCUUACACAAUUCCUCCUAGACAAAAAGCCGCGAAGCUUGAUUUGGCUAGGGUGUCUUUCGUGGAGGAAACUUCACAUUCUCCUACACAAGAAGCCACGAAGCGGCGCUUUGGCUAG